AUGUCUUCUCCAUCUUCGAGUUCCGGAAAGCGCAAGCGGACUGCUUCGAUCGCUCACAAUAAUAAUCAUAAUAAUAACACCAUCCCGAAUACUCUGAAACCCGCCGAGCUUUUACAACCUUCAUCCCGCGACGCCUCUGGAGAAGAAGGCGACGACUCAACUGCACCGACAGAUGAACGGCCAUUGUCACGACACAAGAAAACUCCAUCACUUACAAUUGACCCUAACGCCCACCCUUCGAAACGGGCAAGAACCCGUUCCGGCGCCGAUACGACAAGCAAGAGUGAGAACCACCACGAAGACCCCGGCGAGCCAUCUGAGACGACCGAUGCGAGCGCCGAUAUUGAGACAAGGUCGAAACGAAAAGCCAGUACUCAGGUGGUCGCUGCCAAUGGCGAUGUGGACGACAAGGAUGCAUUCGUGCCGCUUCGUGCUGGACUUCAGGAUCCAGUGGGAUAUCAUACGAAUCCGCCCCCGACCGGUCGGGCUGUUCGAGUGUACGCCGAUGGCGUGUUUGAUUUGUUCCAUUUAGGACAUAUGCGACAACUCGAACAAGCCAAAAAGGCUUUCCCAGAAGUUUAUCUAAUUGUCGGCGUAACUGGCGACGAGGAAACCCACAAACGUAAAGGUCUUACCGUGUUGUCAGGCGCGGAGCGAGCAGAGACCGUUCGACACUGUAAAUGGGUUGACGAGGUUAUCCCCAAUUGUCCCUGGAUCGUGACGCCAGAGUUUUUAGAAGAACACCGUAUUGACUAUGUUGCGCAUGAUGAUUUGCCGUAUCAGGCUGAUGAGGGAGAUGAUAUCUAUGCACCUAUUAAAGCGCAGGGCAAAUUUUUGGUUACGCAACGGACGGAGGGUGUCAGCACCACGGGAAUUAUCACAAAGAUUGUCCGCGAUUACGACAAAUACAUAGCUCGCCAAUUCAAGCGAGGCGCAUCCCGACAAGAACUGAACGUCUCCUGGCUGAAAAAGAACGAACUCGAAAUCAAACGCCACGUCAACGAACUACGUGAAAGCAUCCGCAACAACUGGAACAUGACCGGACAGGAACUAAGCAAAGAAUUCCGUCAAUUCUGGGGCAACAGUCGCUCAAACAGUCCCUCACGUACCAGUAUAAAGAAUGGCGUGGACAUGCACAGUCCGCGCUCGAGUUUCAGUAUUUCCAAGACACAUUUAUCUCGUGGCUUGGACAGUCCUACCGGUCGUCCUGAGAGUCCUGGACCAGCAGGUCGAAAUGAAGAUUUCGCGACGGGAUAUAGUUUGGGGUUGAUUGGGGGUGUUAGGGCAUGGAUGUCCCGAACACGAACGCCAUAUCUAAGUGGACCAACAUCCCCCGUCGCAAGCGACGACGACAGAGAUGCAGUUUCAACAUUUGAAAGUGGUGACGAACGACGUCGACCGAGCCUUUUGCGCGGCGACACUUUAUGAUUUUCUUGCAAAAGAUUAAACGUCCCAUUUUCUUUUGGUGGUAUUAAUAACUAAUAUUUGCAUUUGUCGUCGUUUUCUUACCGUUUGUCUAAACUUUGAAAAAUUCAUGUCUAUUACUUUUUGUGGACGAGAACAGUUGUCUCGAAAACAAAUUGAGAAUGUUUUUGUAUUAAUUCUUUUGAGCAAUUGAGGCGUAUUCGGGUUU